AUGACAGCAACAAUGCCUCAAGCCAUCACUUCAGCCGUGACUUCUGCCGCCAACAGUGCCACUGAGCCUGUUCGGCCCUCAUUACCACGCCGCUCCUCUUCCCUGCAUAAACAAGUAAUAGCAAAACUCCGCCCGCUGCCAUUCCAGUACCUCUGGUCCGUCUGGCACUCCAAGUCCCAGCUCCAGCCUACCAGCAACAGCAGCAAUAAUCAUCAAUUACUCGAUUCAUACCAGUUGACAAUGUUGGUCGAUUCGGUCGCUGACAUCGGCACCUUCUACCGCAUUUUUAACAACCUGCCCUGGUCUCAGAUCAGACAAAAAGACAGUAUUCACAUAUUCCGCUCCGGGGUCCAGCCGUUGUGGGAAGACGAGGAGAACCGAAGGGGUGGGCGGUGGUUGAUUCGAGUACGUCCGGAAGAAGGAAGAGAUGUAAAGUGUUGGGAGGAGAUAUGUCUGUUGUGCUGUGGUGGAGAAUUGCAGGCUGCCAUU